UCAAGAUGGAAAGCUCAGAUUCUAGUGAUAAAGGAAAUAUUGAUCAAUCAGAAGCACAACGUCAGAGUCAGCUAGAUCGGUUAGAUCGAGAAGAAGCUUUCUAUCAGUUUGUAAACAACCUGAGUGAAGAGGACUACAGGCUUAUGAGAGAUAACAAUUUGCUAGGAACACCAGGUGAAAUUACUGAAGAAGAGUUGCUGAGAAGGCUACACCAAGUUAAAGAAGGUCCGCCACAGCAAAACAGUGAUGAGAAUAGAGGUGCAGAGUCCGCAGAAGAUGUUUCAAAUGGAGAUUCUAUAAUAGACUGGCUUAAUUCAGUCCGACAGACUGGAAAUACAACACGAAGUGGGCAACGAGGAAACCAGUCUUGGAGAGCAGUGAGCCGGACUAAUCCAAAUAGUGGUGACUUCAGAUUCAGUUUGGAAAUAAAUGUCAACCGUAAUAAUGGGAACACAAAUCCAGAAACUGAGAACGAGCCAUCUGUAGAGCCUUCCAGUGGGGAGGAUUUGGAAAACAGCCAAAGUGACUCUGAAAUUCCAAGGUCUGAAUCGCCAUCUGUAAGGCAGCCUGGAUCAGAAAGGAGCACUUCGGAGGAGCUAACAACUGAGGAAGCUUCCCCUCCUAGAGGGCAGAGGAGAGCGAGAAGUAGGAGUCCAGAACAGCGGAGAACGCGGGCUAGGACUGAUAGAAGUAGGUCACCUAUUAAUCCAGUGAGUGAGACUCCUCGCAGGUCUCAUCACAAUACAUCAUCUCAAACACUUGACCACUCCUCAGUGAAUGAAGCCGAGGGAAGCUCUAGAACUAGGCAGCAUGUGACGUUAAGGCAGCAUACAGUGGGGACUGAGAUGCCAAGUGAAAAUGCAGUUCUGUUUUCAGCCCCUGAAACAAGACCUGUUCCUCAAGCAGCAGGUUCUUCAGAAACUAACGGCACCAGUGAGUCCGCAACUCCUGGGCAGAGGCCUCCUACCAUAGUACUUGAUCUUCAGGUGAGAAGAGUUCGUCCAGGAGAAUAUCGGCAAAGAGACAGCAUAGCCAACAGAACUCGGUCCAGGUCCCAGACACCUAACAACACAGUCACUUAUGAAAGUGAACGGGGAGGGUUUAGGCGCACGUUUUCACGGUCAGAACGGGCUGGAGUGAGAACUUACGUCAGUACCAUUAGGAUUCCUAUCCGUAGGAUUUUAAACACGGGCUUGAGUGAGACUACAUCGGUUGCUAUUCAGACUAUGCUAAGGCAGAUAAUGACAGGCUUCGGAGAGCUGAGUUACUUUAUGUAUAGUGAUAGUGAUGCAGAUCCUAGUGGCCCAACUCCAAAUCAGAAUGUGGAUGCUUCUGAGCCACAGAAUGGAGGUGGCGGUACUUCAAGCAAUGAAGGUACAGAUGUUGGCUCAGGGGAGGUGUAUGAAGGUGGUAACGAAGGUGGUUCAACCUCUGGUGCCAGACGGGAAGGUCGGAAUACGAGGGGAUCGGUCACAUUUGAAGAAAGUGGUUCUCUACCAUUCCUUAGCCUAGCACAAUUUUUCUUACUAAACGAAGAUGACGAUGACCAACCAAGAGGACUCACCAAAGAACAAAUUGACAACCUAGCGAUGAGGAAUUUUGGUGAGAGCGAUGCUCUGAAAACCUGUAGUGUGUGUAUUACAGAGUACACGGAAGGCAACAAGCUCCGUAAAUUGCCUUGUUCGCACGAGUAUCAUGUCCACUGCAUUGAUCGCUGGUUAUCAGAAAAUUCCACUUGUCCCAUUUGUCGCAGAGCCGUCUUAGCUUCUGGUAACAGAGAGAGCGUUGUCUAAAUGAGAUCUGAAUUUCUGGCCGAGCAGCUAGUGUGAUAGUGAUGGGCAAAGAAGUCACUUCCUUUAUGGCCACUUUUUGAGUGGUACCUCAAUGUAUAGUAAUGACUUGGAGUGAAUCUUCCCUCAUGAAAGCAUUUUCUCUGACUUCAAGCUUUUAAAAUUGGAAAAUUUCUUUAAUUAGGGUUAUCAAGAUCUAGUCAGUUUGGGUGUUAAAUUUCCCUUGUCCAAAGACAUCUACCCACUUCAAAAUAUUUUUUUGCUUUGUGAAGAGUAUUAAGUUCUUUUCUCCCACCCAGUCCCUGCCAUCCCAGUCCAAUAAAUGUGUUGUCCUCAA